ACAUAAUCCGACUUAAUUCACUUCCCUAGCUAACUGUUCCAAAAAAUUAAAUUUCCCAGCAUGCCUAAGUCGGAAGCAUGUACACUGUUACUUGCCCUCCUCACCAUACAACUCUUCCCUUCCCUAGCCUACAACGUGGUCUCCUUCGGCGCUAGAGGCGACGGCCGAACCGACUCGACCGCGGCCUUCCUCCGCACGUGGAAGGCCGCGUGCAGCUCCGCCACGCCGGCUUCCGUGUCGGUGCCGAGGGGCAAGUACUUGCUCAAAUCUAUCUGGUUCACUGGGCCUUGCAGAAGCAGAAUCAACUUCGAAAUGAGCGGGACCAUUGUCGCUCCGGACAACUACAACAUCAUCGGAAACUCCGAGUUUUGGAUCUUGUUUUACAAAGUCAGCCGACUCACGGUCGUCGGAGGCACAGUUGAUGCUAAAGGCCACGCUUUCUGGUCGUGCCGGCUGCGCAACGGCCGCUGCCCUGCCGGCGCAAGAUCGAUAACGUUCCAGUGGUGCAGCAAUGUGGUGGUGCGUGGUCUGAGUUCGCUGAACAGCCAGACGAUCCACAUUGCAAUCAACCACAGCAACAACAUCAAGAUACAAAAUGUGAAGAUCACGGCGCCGAGCGGCAGCCCCAACACCGACGGCAUCCACAUCCAAUCCUCGAGGGGCGUCACCGUCACCGGCAGCACCAUUAGGACGGGCGACGAUUGCAUCUCCAUUGGCCCCGGAUCCAUGAACUUGUGGAUCGAGCAAAUCGGAUGCGGCCCUGGACAUGGAAUCAGUAUUGGAAGUCUAGGAAACUUUGCGAUCGAAGAAGGAGUGCAGAAUGUGACGGUGACGAAUUCUGUGUUCACCAAGACACAGAACGGCGUGAGGGUGAAGUCGUGGGCGAGGCCUCACGGCAGCUACGCCAGGAAUCUCGUCUUCAGGAAUCUCAUAAUGAGGAAUGUGGGCAAUCCCAUCAUCAUUGAUCAAAAAUACUGCCCAGACAACAGCUGCCCCCAUGAGAGUUCUGGGGUGAGAGUGAGCCAGGUUGUGUACAAGAACAUAAAGGGGACAUCGUCAACGCAGGCGGCGAUGACGUUCCGAUGCAGCUCGAGCAAGCCGUGCUAUGGCAUCAAAUUGCAAGACAUCAAGCUCACAUACGUCAACACUUUGAGGAGGCCGACGCUUGCUUACUGUGAGCAUGCGGGUGGAUCCACUAGUGGAUCGGUUUUCCCCACAAGUUGCUUGUAGCAUGCUUCAUUCUUGUACAUAUCAAAAACUAUCAUUCCUGUUUUUCGCCAAACCAACUCAUCCUUGCUGCUCAUUAUAUAUACAUGCUCAAACCUUUGUUUCAACUUUCGAGCACAUUUAUCUAUAGAUAUUUAUGAUAAAUUUGUUGGGUUUUGUGAGUA